UUCCUUGACCGUUAUUGGCUUAAAUCCGAAAACUAGCACGUAAUAUAUUCAGCAAAUGAGAAAAUUAUUGGUGGCUUUGUAUCAGAGGAGGUACGGUUUUGCAGGAGAGCUGGGGGCGUGAUCUCAACUUUCAAUUGCCGCUGGCUUCUGGACUGCUCUACGACUUUGUCGAAGAAAUUCCCUAGAUUUAACUCGGUUGCCAUGGCCACAGAAGGGGAGCCUACAGAGCUGAUUAAAGUGCUGCACUUACUGGUGAUGUCACUCGCCUGGGGAAUGCAGGUGUGGGUCUUUAUAUCAGGGUUUGUCCUGGCGUUCCAGGUGUCUCGGCACACUUUUGGCCUGGUGCAGAGCAAGCUGUUCCCUGUGUACUUCUACUGUCUUCUCAGCAGUAACUUCAUCAGCCUGGCUGUGUUUGCAGUGUACCACCCCCGGGAGUUGUUGGAUUGGCAUGAGUCAGUGCAGAUGGCACUGUACUUCAGCGCGGUGGUCCUGGCCGGCCUGAAUGCGCAGUGGUUCGGCCCUGCUGUCACAGAGGCUAUGCUGAAGAUGCAGGAGGUGGAGCAGGAUCAUGGACUGGGCAGGGAAGUCGGCAUGGGCUCCAAUAAGGAGGCGUAUGCCAAGCUCCGGGAGCAAGAUCCCAAAUACAAGGCAGUCACACACUCCUUCUUCCACUAUCACGGCCUGUCUAACCUCUGCAACCUGCUGGGGUUCAUAUGCAGUUCUGUGAACCUGGCCUAUGCAGGAUUUCACCUAAGCACCAUUUAAAGGGAAUCCUCCCCCAGCCCACACUGGAAAUACAUUCAUAUAAUGAUCAUGUAGUAUGCUUAGUGUGUCUGACCACAGUUCAGAAUUAAACAGCAUUAGUUACUGGAAAAGCCAAUAAAUAUAUGGAAUCAUGCGCGAGGGAAAGCUUUUCAUUGGAUUUACCUGACCCCCUAGACUUUCCCCCUCAGCCCUUCAGGACCCUGUCCCCUCCACAGACCUGUGACAUCUGGAGAGGUGUAGGCAGUAGUGCAGCACUGAUUUUGUGCUGAAAUCUAUCCACUUUCAGGUCUGAGAGGCUGAGUCAGAGGGCUGGGGGCUGGCUCUGCAAUCAUAUUUUUAUUUAGUACCUUACCAUAUACUGUUACCUAGAGCGACUUGCACAAGUUUGCCUGGGAAUGGGUCCUGCUUCUUCAACGUAUAGUAUAUCUGACCAAACUUCCCCUUGGGUUUGGUCAUAACCCUUGAUGCAUUUUUAAUCCUUCUGCCAAUUUGAGCCCUGCCUGCUUGUCAGUGUGGUUUCACCACAGGACUGCGUUACUCCAUCCAAUACAGUUUAAUUUAACACUGCUUCACUCUUUUAUGCUCUUUUUUCUUUUCAGUAAAAACAUUAGACAUUUAAUUUCAGUAUUUUUAGGAAAGGAUAGACCACGUGUGGUCAUAAUGGUGAGGACAGUGAGAACUAUAACAUUAUUAAGACUAAUACUACAUGACAGCGUUUCCCAAACCUCUCCCUGGAGUACCCCUUGUCCUGCAUGUUUUAGAUC